AUGGAAACUAAUUUGAAGUUAAGUGAAAGUGAAGGAGAGCUCUUGGAGGAUCCAGGUGUGUAUAGGAGGCUCAUUGGAAGUUUGAGGUAUUUUAACUCUUCCAUUGUGACUGCUCUUAGAGCUGCACAAAGGGUUUUACAGUACCUAAAGUCUGCUCCCAGCCAAGGGUUGUUUUACUCAUCAAAAUAUGAAAUUAGAUUAAGAGCUUUCACUGAUUCAGAUUGGGGUACUUUUCAAGACACAAGAAGAUCUACAACUAGCUUUUGUGUAUUCUUGGGAGAUUCCUUAAUUUCAUGGAAGUCCAAGAAGCAACAUAUUGUAUCAAGGUCUUCGGCUGAGGCUGAAUACGGGGCUAUGGCGAAUACAAGUUGUGAGUUGCCAUGGGUGUUGUCAUUACUGAGGGAGCUGAAAGUUGAGCAUGAAAAACCAGCUGUUAUGUACUAUGACAAUUAA